CAUGCUCGCUCGCCGCCUCCUACUGGUUGGGGAGGGGAACUUCUCCUUCGCCGCCGCCUUGAGCGAGGUCCAAGGGCCCGGCACUAGUCUCAUCGCCACCUGUCCCCAGGAAUCCACGGCCUUGGCUGAGGACUCGGUUUUCCAGGAGAACCUAAGACGCCUUCGCGAGCGAGGUGCUGAGGUACGCUUCGGGGUGGACUGUACCCAGCUGGCCGAUACCUUUGCAGCCGAUGGCUGGAAGUUUGAUCGCAUUUAUUUCAACUUUCCGCACUGUGGGCGCAAAGCUGGAGUGGCUAAGAACAGGGAGCUGCUUGCCAGGUUUUUCCAGAGCUGUGCUGAUGUCCUUGCAGAGAGAGGGGAGGUCCACGUGGCAUUGUGCAGAGGACAAGGCGGAACUCCUGCUGAUUGUCCCAGGAGAGAAUGGCACAAUAGUUGGCAAGUAGUAGCUAUGGCAGCUGGAGGAGGACUCAUCUUGAGCAGUGUUCAUCCUUUCAGCUUUGAUGCUAUGCCAGGGUAUAAAUGCACUGGAUACAGGAGUCAGAACAAGUCCUUCCAUGUUGAAGGAGCUUUGAAUCAUGUCUUCACCCGGAGCUUACCUUUUGAAGAAUCCCACUCUAUGAUAUGCAGAGUUAGACUGGAUGACCAUUGGCUUUCCUUCUGUGUACCAGAAGCACUGGUAGGGAAGAUAAACAGAGAUUUCCUUGAAACAAAUUCCAGUCAUCCUGUCAGGACUAUUAAUGAAAAGCUGAUUGCUGAGCUCAGUAAAACUUUUUCACUUCAGAGGCUGAAAUGCCCGGCUCUUUUGCUUCCAGAAAAAGGCUGUGAUAGUCACAUUGCCUGGAGCUCUGACUCUCCAUCAGUUCCCUUUUGGAUCGUUCCCCAAAAAGAGAAAAUUACACAUUCUGAGUUGUUUGCUGGUGAAAUAGCAUAUGAUAUGGAGGACUUUCUGGUGUCAUUUUCAAGGCUCCAUCUUCAGAAAGACCCUGAGAGGAACGGGGAACAAGAGACCCAGAAGAGAAUCCAAAGCCCAACGAAGUUCCUUCUCAGACCUUCCCUCCUAAUUUAUGCACAGGAUGUCAUCCAAGGACCAUACUUCCUCCCAGGAUCUUUGCACAUCCUAAGUGGUCCUGUUUUUAGGAAAUGCCUUAUUUCACCUUUCAUGCUGCCAGCAUUUCAUGAGACUUUAUUUAUUCAUGGGUUUAAUAAAAAAAUGAGUGAUUCCUGUCUUCAGUUAUUCCUGGAACACCUGAAGGGCUCUCUAUGUGCCCUUCUCACACAGAGAUUGCCAGAUGGCCCUGAACUGAGCAGCUCUCUGACAUUUAAGCCUCAGAAAAACAAAAAAGAUUAUAUGGUUUGUGUGAAGCCUCCCAGUUUUGGUCCAGAUGAAAUUAUGGGUGUGGUUAUUGGGUCUAUCAUAACAUCUGCUACAAGCCAGCUGUACAAAGACUUGGAUUUUGUAUUUGCAUCUGUGAACCUGGACCUUUUAGUCAUGCUGGUAUGGGGGAUCCCUGACUGGAGAAUUUUAUGGACCUUCGACGAACGUUUUCUAGAUCAUUUUGUCCCUGGAAAAGUAGAACCCUUUAAGACUUUUUCCCUCUAUCCUCCAUCUUAUGUACAUGAUGUUAGCUUUUGGCUAGAUGAGGAGAGAGGAUUUGAUGAAACAGAGUUUCACACUGUGGCUCGAGCUGUGUCUCAGGAUAUGAUCACAUCCAUCCAGCUCCUUAAUCACUUCCAGCACCCACAAACUGGACGGGUCAGCCUUUGCUAUAGACUGACCUACCAGGCUUGUGACAGAGCUCUAAGUCACCAGCAGGCAAUACUGAUUCAAAACCGGCUUAGGAUUGAAAUACAGAAGAGUUUACGGGUGACAGUGAGGUAGCUUCGUGGAAUUAUGUCAUAUUCUGCAAGUGUUGGCAUGACUGAAAAGAACAGUAUGUGUUCUUUCUACAUCAGAGUCUGUUUCUCAGUUUGUGACCAGCAACUAUUUUGCUGAGCCACCCAGAUCUCAGCUUUCUGCGUUCUGGUUUCUGUCUUUACCACUUGGUUGAAACUGCUGUCUCCCAGGUUACUCACAAAAUCCUGGCUCCUAAAUGAAAUGCCCCUUUUCAGUCAUCAUCGUUCUUGACUUCUCUGUAGCUUUUUAUAUUGCUGAACACUCCCUCCUCCUAAAGACUCUGUCUGUGUUUUUCAGAUGUUGCUUUCUCCUGGUUCUACCUGUUUUAUUUUUCUUUUUGGUCUCUUUUGUUGCCGCAAAACCAUGUCCUGUUCUCUUUGUGUACUCCCCAACCCUAUUCUGGACCCUCUUUUCUUCUUUCUGUACAUUGUCUUAGUGAUUUCACCGGCCCUUAUGGUUCAGUUGUCAUCUCUUUGUCAAUGACUCCCAAAUUUAUAUAGCAUCUUUCCUGAAUCUGUUCCACCAACUACGUGCUGCAUAUUUUCAUUUCCCUGUCCCGUAGGCAUCUUAAAUUCAACAUCUCUAAAUCAGAAAUCAUUUCCUCCCCCCAAACCUCAC